AUGGAACAGACGUCGGGGACUCGCGAGUCCCGGGCCCGGCCGAGAGAGCGGGACCCAGACCGGCAUCCCCGCCCGGAACGAGACCGCCACCCCGAGAGACAGCGGGACAGAGCCGGGGACCGGCACAGGGAAAGAAACGGAGGCGGGCGGAGGGACGGGGACCGGGACAGGGAGAGGAACCGGGAACCUCGCCAGGACAGGCCCAGGGCCGGGGACCAUCGCGGCGGCGAACAAAGAGUUUGGGAAAACUCCCGCCAGAGUCGGACGCGAGACGGACCCCGGCGGCCGACCUGGGACGCGGCCCCGCCCCCCUGGCCCGCGACGUGGGAAACCCCGGAGCCGCCGCCCCUGCGGAAGGAGGGCCUCGGACGCCGAGGACCAGAAAGUGAACCCACUUCAGGGAGAUACCCACUCUCGAACCCCCGGCCUGGACUACAGGAAGUGGUAUAUUACCAGUCAGAGGCUGAAGGGCUCCUGGAAUGCCACAAGUGCAGAUACCUGUGCACCGGGAGAGGUGUGAUACAGAUAGUGGAGGUGAUACUGAAUGGGAUGGUUCUCAUGUGUAUCGUGGCCUCCUACUUUGUCCUGGCCGGAUUCAGUGCCAGCUUUGCCAGCGGCGGCGGCUUUGGGAACAACUAUUACUCGCCAUUUGAGGGCACCGAGCUGGAGCAGGUUCGGCAGCUGGACCAGCAGUACACAAUCCUCCGGGCACCCCUGAUAUACGGCGGCGUGGCUGUUUCUCUGGGGCUCGGUGUCCUCACCUUGGGUGUUUUACUCCAAGGAGCCAAAAGUCUACACAAACUGCCAGGGAAGUGGCUCCUCCUGGAGGCCAUCUUCAGCCUCCUGGCGGCAGUGGGCUACUGCGUGGGCAUCGGCAUUUACCUCCACACAGCCUUGCAGAUCAAUGCCACAGACACUUGCAGAACAAGAGAGAGGGUCUAUGCCCGCAAGGGUCUCACCUGGAUGAACUGCCAGUUGGCAGGCACCGAUGGAGCAGCUGCCACCUUUGCUUGUCUUCUGGUGGUGAUGUAUGGCGCCAGCGUGGUGCUGGCCCUGCGGAGCUACCGAGAACAGAAGCAGUACAAGGACAGCCAGGAACAGCAGAGAAAUUACAAUGAUGCACCAGAAUACGUGUGGUCUGGAGUACUCUGA